AAAGUUAUCUGAGCUUGAAAUUGUGUAGGGAAGUUAUUUGAAGUAUGAAAUAUUUUGCAAAAUCAUGGUUUUGGAAGGGGUUAUGGCGGUUACUUCUCUGGCCUUCCCUAUGAAUUCUUAUUGCUUGUGCAAAAUUUCCUGUUUAUCGAAUUCUUCUAAUCGAAUCGCCUUCUCCCUUCCACCCAUUUAUGUUCAUACCUUUCUAAUGGAACUAUUUCGUAUAGUUUGAUGUCCUUUUGCCAGUGUUCUUUCAAUCUUACCGGCAAGUUUGAAAAUUUCCUUCUGUUGCAACAGCCCACAAAUUUUCACCAAAACCCUCCGAUGAUAUCCACGUCUAUGUGGAAAACCAUUGCCAAGCAAGCUAUUUCUAAGAAUCGGCAGUUUCAUCUUGAUUGGCAUUGCCUUUCCCGCUCCCAUGGCGUUAUGGGUCGUCUCAAUGAGUCUAUAAUUCGCGAGAAGUUAAUAUCUGAUAAAUUUGUUCUUAGUUCACUUCCGAAGUUCGGGAUUUCGGAACUGGGUAUUGGUCGGAGUGAAGUUUUGUCCCAGGAAGAUUAUGGAAGCCGAUUCUGUUUUGGGUCUAUGGGAGUUCGUAUUGGGUUAAAUGGGUCGAUCCCAAAAGGCUAUUCUAGCGUUGCUGAGGCGGUUUCGUCAACAGAUGUGGACGAAGAUUCAUCUAGUGACGAAGAAAUCCAGGAGUUAUUGCAAGAGAUGAGAAAAGAAGAGAAGAGGCAGGUUCAGCGUAGGAGAAGGAGGCUGAAAUGGGUGAAGGGAAUGGGAGAACAGAAGUAUCAAAUGCUGAAGAGGCGGCAGGUGGCUAUAGAGACAGAGGCUUGGAAACAGGCAGUUAAGGAGUACAAGGAGCUAUUGAUGGACAUGUGUGAGCAGAAGCUAGCACCUAAUUUGCCUUACAUGAAGUCCUUGUUCCUUGGCUGGUUCGAGCCUUUGCGUGAUGCUAUAAGUAAAGAGCAAGAAUUGAUCCGGAUAGGGAAGAACAGGGCUGCAUAUGCUCCUUAUUUUGAUCAACUAUCUGCUGAUAUGAUGUCGGUAGUCACGAUGCAUAAGUUGAUAGGGCUGUUGAUGAUGGGACAUGAGCACGGUAAUGCCAGGGUUGUGCAGGCUGCUUGUGCAAUUGGAGAUGCUAUUGAACAGGAGGUUAGAAUUCACAGAUUCUUGGAGAAAAUGAAAAAGAAAAAGCACGACAAAGAUAAUGAGAACAAUGACAAGCCUGAUUCUCAGCUGAAGGAACAAGAGUGGUUAAGGAAAAAAGUCACCAACUUGAUUAAAAAGCAAAAGCUUCCGGCUGUAAGACAUAUAGUGAAGGGAGCCGAUGAUUCAAAACCAUGGGGCCCGGACGCCAAAGCAAAGGUUGGGAGCCGUCUUAUUGAGUUGUUGACACAAACAGCGUACAUACAACCUCCUGCUGAUCAGUUGGCUGAUGGUCCACCUGAUAUUCGUCCUGCAUUUCGUCACUCAUUUAGAAUUGUGAUGAAAGAAGCAAACAAAAACUCUAGCAGGAGAUAUGGUGUCAUUGAAUGUGACCCUUUAGUCGUCAAAGGCUUAGAAAAGACUGCAAGACACAUGGUGAUUCCCUAUAUGCCAAUGUUGGUGCCCCCAGUCAACUGGACUGGCUAUGACAAAGGAGGACACAUCUUCUUACCAUCGUUUAUCAUGCGUACUCGUGGAGCCAACCAACAACGUGAAGCUGUUAAGAGGACCCCAAAGCAACAAUUAACUCCUGUUUUUGAGGCCUUAGACACUCUUGGAAAUACCAAAUGGAGAAUAAACAAAAAGAUACUCAGUAUAGUGGAUAGAAUAUGGACCAGUGGAGGGCGCCUUGCUGAUCUAGUGGAUCGGGAUGACGUUCCAUUGCCAGAAAAACCUGAUUCUGAAGAUGAAACGCUGCUGAGAAAGUGGAAAUGGAAAGUCAAAUCUGUGAAGAAAGAAAAUGUGGAGAGGCAUUCACAACGUUGUGACAUAGAGCUUAAACUUGCUGUAGCACACAAAAUGAAGGACGAGGAAGGUUUUUACUAUCCACAUAAUUUAGACUUUCGAGGCCGUGCAUAUCCUAUGCAUCCACACUUGAAUCAUCUUGGUUCAGAUCUUUGCCGAGGCAUAUUGGAGUUCGCAGAAGGUCGCCCACUCGGGAAGUCUGGCCUACGUUGGCUUAAGAUUCACUUGGCAAAUCUAUUUGCUGGGGGUGUGGAUAAAUUAUCUCAUGAUGGUCGAAUAACCUUUAUUGACGAUCACGUAGAAGAUAUAUUUGAUUCUGCUGACAGACCACUUGAAGGAAGACGCUGGUGGCUGAAUGCGGAGGAUCCAUUUCAGUUUUUAGCUGGAUGCAUGAAUCUUACUGAAGCUUUGAGAAGCUCUUCUCCAGAAACAGUUAUUUCACAUAUUCCAAUACACCAGGAUGGUUCUUGCAAUGGGUUACAACACUACGCUGCUCUUGGACGAGACAAGUUAGGAGCAGCUGCUGUCAAUCUGGCCGUGAGAGAGAAGCCUGCAGAUGUGUACUCUGGAAUAGCUGCUAGGGUUCUGGAAAUCGUGCGAAAAGAUGCACAAAGAGAUCCAGAAACUUUUCCAGAUGCAUUGCGUGCAAAAACAUUAAUAGAUCAGGUGGACAGAAAAUUGGUGAAGCAAACAGUGAUGACAUCGGUUUAUGGCGUCACCUAUAUUGGCGCUCGUGAUCAGAUCAAAAGGAGGCUGAAGGAGCGUGCUGCCAUAUCUGAUGAUACAGAGCUUUUUGGCUGUGCUUGCUAUGCUGCCAAGACCACGUUAACGGCACUAGGGGAAAUGUUCGAAGCAGCCCGUGGGAUCAUGAGUUGGCUAGGAGACUGUGCAAAAAUCAUUGCCUCUGAAAAUCAACCUGUGCGAUGGACUACACCUCUUGGACUACCUGUUGUGCAACCGUAUCGCAAGUUGGGAAAGCAUCUUGUCAAAACUUCUCUCCAAGUUUUGACACUACAACAAGAGACAGACAAGGUCUUGGUAAAGAGGCAGCGGACAGCUUUCCCACCAAAUUUUGUUCACUCCCUUGAUGGUUCUCAUAUGAUGAUGACUGCUGUUGCUUGCAAAAGGGCAGGUUUGAAUUUUGCAGGGGUUCAUGAUUCGUACUGGACACACGCUUGCGACGUGGAUGAAAUGAAUAGAAUACUUAGAGAGAAGUUCGUCGAACUUUACGAGACUCCAAUACUCGAAAAUUUAUUGGAGGGCUUUCAGCAAUCUUUUCCUGCGUUGGACUUUCCUCCUCUACCCGAACGGGGAGAGUUAGAUCUAAAGGAAGUUCUGGAGUCGCCUUACUUCUUUAACUAAGUUAAUUCGGGUGCAUUUCUCUUCGUUUUCUGCUCUCUAAAUGCGUUCAGCUGGGCAUUGCCUGCACAAGUACUCCUACUGUUAGUAUCAAGAGUCAUGGAGGAUGAUGCUGAGAGUCCCUGGUGCAGAUUGGCCACUGUAUUGUAUAUAAACAUUAGGUUGUCAUCUCUUAGAAGACACUGCUCCGGUCGAGUUCUAACGAGUUCUUGACUCGAAUAUGCAGAAGAAAAUGGUUAGACAAACAAGACUCUUUGGACACAGCAAAGCAAUAGUCACUAUGUACUUGACCAGAUCUGCAAGAACUUCCCAUCUGCUUCUGUUCAUCGAAGACGAUUGAAGUGGAACGGACCAUAUUUUCCAGAAAGGAAAGCCUGGUACGAUCAAGAUUGCCACAGUAACAAAGGAUUGCUUGUAUAUGUCCCCCUUACCCUAUUAUGUGGAAGUGAUGAAAAAGG